AUGUUGGUGAAUCCGUGUUGUAGACCAGCCUUUGCUAAUUUAUUUAUAUCUGAAUUAACCUACAUAAUAAAUUUAAAAAUUAAAAAUUUUUUCACUAAAAAUCAGAAUGCUACUAAAAUACCCGUUCCUGCAGCUUACAACGAUUUAUCAUUCGAAAGGGAUCUACAAAAUCAUGUUGGGUGGGUUUGGUACCAACGCCAUUAUUGGCUACCUAGUACCUUAAUUAAUAAUCAAAAUAAUCGUCCUCGAUCAUUUUUACAUUUUGGAAGUGUUCAGUAUUUUGCUAUAGUGUAUUUAAAUGGUAAAGAAAUUGGAAGGCAUGUAGGCGGACAUUUACCUUUCCAAUUUGAACUGGAAUUAAUACAAAAUUUUCCAAAUUUAAUUACAGUUGCUGUAAACAAUACGCUUUCGAGUUAUACUAUUCCACCUGGCGAAUUUAAUAUUAUAAAUUUAUCAUCUGGUAAUAAAAUAAUCCAGCAGACUCCAAACUUUGAUUUUUUCAAUUAUGCGGGUAUUUUGAGACCUGUUCAAAUUUGGCAUUUGCCUCAAAUAUUUAUUAAUGAUAUUAAAUUAAUUGCUGAUUGUUAUGGAAAUUUAUCCUAUUCAAUUGAAAUUAAUGAAAAAUUACAAAUUUUACCAAAAAUAAUUGUUACAAUUUCUUAUGGGAAUAAAAUUGUUGCUUUAAUGGAAGGGCUAAACAAUGAAACUAAAUUAGAGAAAGCUAAUUUAUGGUGGCCUAGAGGAAUGGGAAAACCUAAUCUUUAUAUAGCUGAGGUAUCUAAAUUUAUAUAA